AUGGCUGGUUUGCCUCGUAGGAUUGUCAAGGAAACACAGCGGCUGAUGCAAGAACCCGUACCCGGCAUCACGGCGACACCAGAUGAAAAUAACGCACGCUACUUCCACGUCAUCAUUGGAGGACCCAAAGACUCUCCGUUUGAAGGAGGCACUUUUAAACUUGAACUAUUUCUCCCCGAAGAGUACCCCAUGGCAGCCCCCAAAGUGCGAUUCAUGACCAAAAUCUACCACCCGAAUGUAGACCGACUGGGAAGAAUAUGUUUAGACAUUUUGAAAGAAAAGUGGUCUCCAGCCCUGCAAAUCCGCACAGUGUUGCUAUCCAUCCAGGCAUUAUUAAGCGCCCCCAAUCCCGACGACCCUCUGGCAAACGACGUCGCCGAGCAGUGGAAAAAGUGCGAAAGCGUCGCCAUCAACACAGCCAAAGAAUGGACCAAGAAGUAUGCAAUGGCCAACUGA